AUGUCGGCGCAAGUGUUUUUUUCGCCAUGUCUCUCCGCCACACUCACUCGCCGUCCUCUCGCCAGUAGUCCGUCGACAGCUCAUGACGUGCUAACACGUGGCGGAUUAACGCUUCUCGGCGAAUCGGCACGUGACGUGCACCCAUGUGGUCAUGGCAGGUCAAGAGAGGACGCUCCUCUUCACCUCACGCCGCUUCGCUGCUCCCGUUCUCUCCAUCCCUUACCAUCUCCGUCUCACAUCAAGCUGUAUGUCAGGAGAUCGCACAGUUCGCACUCUCGGGAGGCCAUAUUCUGCGAAAGCUUGACGACGGGUAACCAGAAGGCCAGGGUUAGGGUUUUAACCCACUCGCCGCAGAUACCUACCCGCGCGGCGCUCCAUGGCCGCCACAUUGCCGCCGCUGACUGGUCGAGUAGAAGGAGGACAUGUGGCACCGACUGCUCCGCGGGUAACAUUAGCAGCAGAGGUGAAAGCGAGGGGGUAGACAGCAGUGGUCGACGGGGCAGCCAUCGGUGGCGCGUGCGCGUGGCAGCGGGCAGCGCGGGGGGUAGCCGCGGCUCAGACGGGGCUUCGCGCCCGUUAUCUGCUCCUGUGCCGCCGCCCGUUGUGCCCUCACCCGCAGCGGCGGCGGCGGCGGCGGCGGCGGCGGCGGCGGCGGCGGCGGCGGCGGCGGCGGCGGCGGCGGCGGCAGGGAAAGGACAGCACGCCGCGGGCGCGGACAGGGACGAUGGUAGCGCAACUCCCGGGAGGGGUGCCGCCGCCGCGUUGAACCAGGCAGAAACCGCUUCGGAACCUCCGCCGCACGGGGGCAGUACAACAGGGGCGGGAAGAGAGGGCGCAGGCGCGGAUGCGCGCGCGGAGAGUGGGGACUGCAUCGCGGACGAAGCCGCGGAGGCAGGUCCGGAGAUGGGCGCGGAGGCGGAGGGCGGAAGCAGCGCGCGGUUCCGCGAGACGCUUCAGAUGGUGGAGACGGCGAUGCUGGCGGCGACGUCGGGGCUGGCGUUCUUCCUGGCGAACUCGCUGCGCGUGGAGGGCUACCUCGGGUUCUUCUUCCCGCUCCCCGCUGUUGUUGCCUCCAUGCGCUGGGGCGCCACCACCGGCCUGCGCACCGCGGUACGGGGGAGGGGGAGUUUUGAGGGGGGGAAGGGGGAGGGGAGGGAAGAGGGGGAUGGGAGAGAAGGAGGGGCGGGAUUGGGUCUCGGUCUGUCUUGGCCCAUCUCCAUCCUCGCCUGCACAUUCGUAAGCCUGCCUCUCACCCCACCGCCCUUCCACUUUCGCUCGCGGCGCUCCCUCUCCCCUGUGAUUCUUCCCAUGCACCUCUGUGUGCGGGCAGCAGGCGCAGUGUCCUUUGUGCUGCUCUCCUCGUGGCUCAUUCGAGAAAACAUUCUCAAACUGAUCCUCAUGAACGUGCAAGCAUCGCUCUCACACGUGUUUGCGGGCAUCAGUGCCAAGCCUCGUGCCCUCCUUCUCCCUCAUCACCGUCAUCUUCACCACCCUCGUGCGUGCCCCUCUCACUCCCCCACCCCGCCACCAAGUGCCGCAGACCGGGGCAUUGGUCUCCUCGCUGUGCCGCUUCAUGGGAAUUACUUGUCUGGUGCAUGCUCUUGCUUUGUCCCUCCAUUCCACUCCCGUUUUGACCUAUUCGACCCGUUUCCCGGCGAACCGCUCGCUGACGCAGCUUCUCGACUCCGUGGAUCGCAUGUUGCGGACGACUCGCUCCUGCUGCCCAUGAUGCCGCGCUUCCCCUCUCUCUCCCCGCGCCACAUCGCCGCUCGCGCCAGCAGCGCUGCCGCGCGCCCCGGUGUGGCGGUGAGGACGCCGUGGGACUUGCGCGAAAACGGACGACGCCUUUCCACAUGCGCCUCGACAUGCCCCGGUAUGUCCAAGGAGGAGGUGUCGGUGAAGCUGGAGAAUGGCAAUCUGGUGAUUCGCGGAGAGCACAAGGCGGAGGAGAAGGGCGGAGAGGAGGGAGAGGGACUCUGGGAUGCGCGCAUCGCCAAGUCCUACCAGACUACUCUGGCCCUUCCGGAUAACGUUCUCACGGAUCAGAUUAAGGCGGAGAUGAAGAAUGGUGUGCUCACUGUCACUAUGGCCAAGGAAACUCCGCCCGAGGCUACCCCCUCGGCCAUCGAGAUCCCAGUUGCUUGA